AUGCUGCUGGACGCAGGUGCUAAUGUCAACGCUCAAGGAGGCCACUAUGGCAAUGCGCUGCAGGCGGUAUCAGAUGGUGGCUACGAGACGGUGGUGCGGAUGCUGCUGGACACGGGUGCCGAUGUUAACGCACAAGGAGGCGAGUAUGGCAACGCGCUGCAGGCGGCAUCCUGGAAUGGCCACGAGGAAGUGGUACAGAUGUUGCUGGACCAGGGAGCGGAUGUCCAUGCUCAAGGAGGCGAGUAUGGCAACGCGCUGCAGGUGGCAUUGCUCCGUGGCCACACAGCAGGUGGUGCAGAUACUGCUGGACAACGGGGCUACUAG